AGAUGACUCGUUUAGAAGCUAAAAAGCCCUCAUUCUGUAGAAGUGAGCCACUGACAAGCGAACGAGUGAAGGCCACCCUCUCUGUCUUGAAAGGCAUCGUCACAUCCUGCUAUGGCCCGGCAGGCAGGCUGAAGCAGCUGCACAACGGCCUGGGGGGCUCUGUGCGCACAACCUCCCAGUCGGCAGCCCUCCUCGCCAACCUGCCAGUCACCCAUCCCAUUUUAAAGAUACUGACAAGUUCUGUGCAGAAUCACGUGUCCUGCUUCAGUGACGGCGGCUUAUUCACAGCCAUUCUUUGCUGCAACUUAGUUGAAAAUGUUCAGAGAAUAGGUUUGACACCGACCACUGUCAUUAAGUUAAAUAAGCAGCUUUUGAGCCUCUGCAUCAGUUACCUAAAAUCUGAGGCCUGUGGUUGUCGAAUCCCAGUCAACUUUAGUAGCACUCAGAUCCUCCUCUGUUUGGUGCGUAGUAUAUUAACAAGUAAACCUGCCUGUAUGCUCACCACAAAGGAAGUCGACCAUAUCAGUACUUUGAUUCUGAGAGCCUUUCUGCUUAUAAUUCCAGAAAAUGCCCAAGACCACAUCAUUUUAGGAAAGAGUAUAAUUGUCCCUUUAAAACAUCAAAGAGUUAUAGAUUCUACUGUGUUACCUGGAAUACUUAUUGAAAUAUCAGAAGUUCAAUUGAUGAAGAUAUUACCUAUCAAAAAAUCAGAUUCCUUCAAGGUGGCACUCUUUUGUGUGUCUUUAUCCGGAGACCUUUCUGAUACUGGAGAAGGAAAUGUGGUGGUGAGUUACGGAGUUUCUCUUGAAAAUGCAGUCCUGGACCAGUUGCUUAACCUAGGAAGGCAGCUAGUUAGUGAUCACGUAGAUCUUGUCUUGUGCCAAAAAGUUAUACACCCAUCUUUGAAGCAGUUUCUCAGAACGCAUCAUGUUAUUGCUGUAGACAGAGUUGGAGUGGCUGUGAUGGAACCCCUGAGUAAAGUGACAGGAACAAGGCCUAUUGGUUCCUUGGACUCAAUCUCUCCCAGUAGUUAUGGAAGUGUGAAAGAUUUGUGCACUGCAAAAUUUGGCUUCAAACAUUUUUUUCAUCUUAUUCCUAAUGAAGUAACUGUCUGCAGCUUGCUUCUCUGCAACAGAAAUGACACAGCCUGGGAUGAACUGAAGCUCACGUGUCAAACAGCACUGCAUGCUUUGCAGUUAACAAUCAAGGAACCAUGCGUUUUAUUAGGAGGUGGCUGUACUGAAACUCAUUUGGCGGCAUAUAUCAGACACAAGACGCGUAGCAAGCCAGAAGGCAUUCUUAGAGAUGACGGAUGUACCCAGACAGAACUCCAGCUGAUCGCUGAAGCAUUCUGCAGCGCACUCGAAUCUCUCGCUGGCUCUUUAGAACACGACGGAGGUGAAAUUCUCACUGACGGGAAGUAUGGACACUUUUGGUCAGUUCAGGCUGAUUCUCCCUCUGUUGUGAACUGGCCAGAUUUGCUUUCAAGAUGUGGCUGUGGACUCUACAGCAGCCAGGAAGAACUUAGCUGGUCCUUCUUAAGGAGUGCUCGUCUUCCUUUUGUGCCUCAAACCUGCCUUCCGUGUGAAGCCACGGACUCAGCUGGCAACCUGACCUUGGACUGUUUUACUGCAAAGCUUAGUGGCCUGCAGGUGGCUGUGGAGACUGCCAAUUUGAUUUUGGAUCUUUCAUAUGUCAUUGAAGAUAAAAACUGAUACACAAAAGUCAAUGAUGUUGAAGAUUUAAAAAAAAAGAUUUGUUCACAAUCCCUGACUUCAAGGAGUUGAUCAUCUGGCCGGCAAGACAUAUUUUUUAAGUAUUAUUUUCCUUUCUUCUUUCAUAACAUUUUGUAACAGUAGAAAUUUUGGAAAAUAUGAAUCUGACAUACACACACAAAACAAAAACAAAGUCAAGAGUAGUCCUACUACCCAGAGAUGACCACUGUUUACAUUUUAUGUGCAUCUUUUUGGUUUGUCCUCUGUGUACAGUUUUCCAAAAAUGUGAUCAUAUAGGAUGUUGUUUUAUAAUCUAUUCUUUUUACUUAAUAUGUCAUGAACAUCAUAAUCAUGUAUAAUAAUUACACAUUCUUCUACUACAUCAGUUUUAAUACCUGAAGAAAUUUCAGUUGUAGAGAUUACAGGCAUGCCUUGUUUGAUUGUCCUUCACUUUAGUGCACUUCACAGAUAUUAUGUUUUUUCAUAAAUUGAAAGUUUGUGGCAACUCUGUAUCGAGCAAUUCUAUUGGCCCCACUUUUCCAACCACAUCUGCUCACUUUGUAUGUGUCACAUUUUGGUAAUUCUCGCAGUAUUUCUAGCUUUUUCAUUAUUAUUAUAUUUGCUGUGUUGAUCUGUGAUCAGUGAUCUUUGAUGUCACUAUUGCAUAAAGAUUACAACUCACUGAAGGCUUAGAUAAUGGCUGGCAUAUUUUAGCAAUAAAGUAUUUUUUAAUUAAGGUAUAUGCAAUGUUUCUUUAGACAUAAUGCUAUUGCACCCUUAAUAGACUACAGUAUACUGUAAACAUAAUUUUCAUACAUACUGGGAAACCAAAAAAAACUGUAAUUUACUUUAUUGCAGUUCUUGUUUUAUUGUGGUGGUCUGGAAUCAAACCCUCACUAUAUUUGAGGUAUACCAUACCUGUGUAUCAUAAUUCAGUCAAUGAGCUUUUAUUAAUAUACCUUUAGACUGUUUUCAAUUUUUGUGUUAAUAUAAGCGACAACGCAGCAAACAUCUUGCAUAUAUCCUUUUCCCAGAUCCCUGAUUAUUUUCUCAGAGUGAAUAAAUAGAAUUAAGAUUCCUGGGUCCAGCUGUAUUUGAAAUGGAAAGGCUAUUAAUACAUAUUGUCUAAUUGUCUUCUAGAAAUGUAGCAUCAAUAAACUUCAACUACACUGUGUGAAAGCUCUCAUUUUUCUGAACUUUGGUCAACACUAGUUAUUAUCUUUGCCAAUCUAAUAGCUGAAAAUAAAAUCCUUUUUUUAA